CUUUUCGUGGGGUGUAUUGAUCUCCUUGGCGAAUUAUGCUGCGAGUUUGAUUUUUCCUUUUCCAUUGACCUGUUUUUUGUAUUUGUAUACUUGAUAGAAUCUCAAUCGCCCUGUGAAUCGGACUCUUCAACUGAUGGAGAAAGCAUGUUCCCCCCCGUUGAGCAAAAGAUCUUGCAAAGCAACCCGGAAUUCGCAAAGCUCUAUCGCGUCAUCACCACUGCCAUCCUGAACCCGGAUGGCUCUACCAAGGAUGAUGACGAGGCCAAGGAUCGGGCUGUAGUGCAAAAGAGUCUCGACAAACAUCGCCAGAAAGCGGCAAAGCACUACCUCCUAGAACGCGCCAUUGCAACCGCCACGCCUCCAGAGCCAAAGCCCUCGUCUUCAUCAACAGCCUCCACCAGACUCUCCCGAGCCAGCGAGCGUCUCCAACAGAAACAGUCACAGUCUUCCGCCGAAGCCACGCCCGAGGCGCUCCUCGAGCUGAUCCUCAUCUUGCCCUCGUUCCUCGAUACCGUCGAUACGCUGCCUCACGACUCAAUUGCGUUGCUUCUUUCCGGUCCGCCGCUGUCCGACUUUGAAGCUCUGUUACCCGAUCUGGCGGAUUUGAUAUCAUCCAACCUUCAUGCCUCUGCGCUGGGCCUCGCUCGUCUUGCCCAUCCCGCCACAAACCCGUCUUAUCUACAUCGCUAUGUCGCCUCUCUACCGAAAGAUUUUGUGAAUCUCAAUGCCGGUCUGGCUGCCGCCGAAGAGACUCUAAAAGCAGCCCGCAUACGCACAAUCACGUCUCUCACCAACCUCCUUCAACUCUUCUCAGAAUGCCUCACUUGUCUCGUUCGUACAUUAGAGGCCAAGCACGGCGUCAUUGCUCGUAGCUUGGAGCUCCGCGCCUCGGAUAUAUCCCUCGAUGCGCAGCGCGCAGAGAAGCAGGCCGAGCAGACAAUGCUCAAGCUCAGAAAGGAGGUGUAUACCGCGGAGAGCAUAUCCGCUCUGCAGCACUACGUCACGCAUCUUAAGGAUGCCAACACACGGGUUGCUGAAAAAGUGCGGGAUCUACAGGUUGACCUGGAAGCUUACGAUGACGAAGACUCUCUGGAUGAAAUGGACGAGAGCCUGGAGGAAGAAGGAGGGGGGCUGUCAGAAGUUGAGCAUGGAGGAGACUACCAAGAUGAAGGACAGCACGUGGAGGAUACGGAACGAGACAUGGACCGAUUACGACUGUCAUGAUUUCAACGAUAAAUGAAGCGCUUCUAUCUUUGUCCAAUUUGUAUAUAGCGAGCAUAUGGUUUUUUUCCCCUCUUUUUUAUUUAUUUUGAAUGGAGAUUUGCAAAAGCUUAGACGCGGAUGGGUACACAUAAUACAAUCAUCAGGCAUUUCGUCAUGAUUAUUGUUACACUGGCUAUUAUAGAUCAGCCAUCUGGCAAUUAGGCAAUGCAAAAAGUGUUCUUUUUUC